AUGAAACAGGACAAGAGCCACGGGCAGGAUGAGGCAGACUGCAGGGCAAAGCUGAUCCUCCUCAACGGGGACUGCACCAAUCCUGCUACACCCAGUGUUGUACUGGAGGCGAAUGGGAAGCCCAGUACUCCAGAUCCCAUGGACCUCGCGCUGUUGCCUCUGCAGAACAAGGACAGCAAUGGAGACCUCUCCAAGGAGGACCUGGCCUGGCCACUUGGCCUGGCGGGGGUGCAGAAGGUGCAGCCCCGGGGCAGCGCUGGGUGGGAGAGCAGCCUCAGGCAGAAGCCCACAGUCCACCUCAUCUUCCAGGCAGGGCAGGCCCGGCACGUGACGAGGAUCAAGGAUCGAAGCAGUGUGGAGGCUCUCAGGGACCUGCGAACUCCUGUGCGGGGCUCCAGGCGUCGCUCAGCCAUGUCCACACCACUGACCAUCGACCUGACAGAGGAUGACUCCCGGGACUCAUCCCAGAGCAGCAGCACACUCUCUGGCAGCAGCUCCCAGGAGGGGCAGAAUGGCUCUGCCGAGCUGGGGGCUGAGGAGUCAGAGAGCAGAGACGUGGGGAUGGCACUGGAAUACCAGGAUGGGAAGGAAUUUGGAAUUGGGGAGCUCGUCUGGGGGAAGAUCAAAGGUUUCUCCUGGUGGCCUGCGAUUGUUGUCUCCCACAAAGCCACGGCCAAGCGCCAGGCUGUGUCAGGCAUGCGGUGGGUGCAGUGGUUUGGAGAUGGAAAGUUCUCCGAGGUUUCUGCGGACAAGCUGGUGGGACUGAUGGCCUUUAGGCAGCAUUUCAAUUCUUCCACGUUCAAUAAGCUGGUGUCCUACCGGCGCGCCAUAUACCAUGCCCUGGAGGUUGCCCGGAGCCGGUCGGGGAAGACGUUUACAACCGGCCCCAGGGACUCGCUGGAGGAGCAGCUGAAGCCGAUGAUUGACUGGGCAAUCACUGGCUUCAAACCCCUGGGGCUCAAGGGACUGCAGCCACCCAAAACCUCAGAAAAUGGGGUGCUGAGGAAUGGGACGGAGGAGGUGCUGUCCCUUGAACAGUAUCCCCCCACCAAGAGGCUGAAGAGCUACCCCUGCAACAAUGGCAAGGAGCAGCGUGUGGAAGAGGACCAGACCCGAGAACAAAUGGUUUCCGAAGUUACGAACAACAGCGGGAAGCUGGAAGACAGCUGUUUGUCCUGUGGGAGGAGGAACCCGGCCACCUUCCACCCACUGUUCAAAGGAGGCCUCUGCCAAACGUGCAGGGAUAGAUUCCUGGAGUUCUUCUACAUGUAUGAUGAAGAUGGUUACCAGUCCUACUGUGCUGUCUGCUGUGCGGGCAAGGAGCUGCUGCUCUGCAGCAAUUCCAGCUGCUGCAGGUGCUUCUGUGUGGAGUGUCUGGACGUGCUGGUGGGGCGAGGGACAUCGACCAGAGCAAAAAUGCAGGAGCCCUGGAACUGCUACAUGUGCUCACCCCAGCAGAACUACGGGCUGCUGCAGCGCCGGCAGGACUGGAACGCCCGUCUGCUGGACUUCUUCACCAGUGACAAGGGACAGGAAUAUGCUGCACCCAAAAUCUACCCAACAGUCCCGCCAGCAAAGAGGAGACCAAUCCGAGUGCUCUCGUUGUUCGAUGGGAUAGCAACAGGGUACAUGGUGCUGAAGGACUUGGGCAUCCAAGUGGAGAAGUACAUUGCCUCGGAGAUCGGCGACGACCCCAUCGCAGCGGGCACCGUGCGGCGGCCCGAGGGCAAUAUCACCUACGUGCACGAUGUCAGGAACAUAACCAAGAGAAACAUUGAGGAGUGGGGUCCUUUUGACCUGGUGAUCGGUGGAACCCCCUGUGAUGACCUCUCCCUUGUCAAUCCAACCAGGAAGGCACUGUUUGGUAAGGCUGCUUCACCUCUGCUGAGCUGGCCCAGGGAAGUGUUUCAGCCCCAGGCUGUGUUGGUGGUGGCUCCCUGUGGCACCUGCAGAGCACAGGCUGUUUCCAUGCCUGCUGUGGUGGAGAGGGCAGCCAGGCCCCCCCGGCACCCCAUUCCCGAUGCCUCAGCUGGUCCCAACCUGCUGCUCUGCUUUUUCCCUGCAGAAGGAAGCGGGAGGCUGUUCUUCGAGUUCUACCACCUGCUCAACUACGCCCGUCCCAAGGAAGGCGAGGAGCGGCCCUUCUUCUGGAUGUUUGAGAAUGUGGUGGCCAUGAGGGUCAAUGACAAGAGGGACAUUUCCCGGUUUCUGGAGUGUAACCCAGUUAUGAUUAAUGCGAUCAAGAUAUCAGCUGCCCACCGAGCUCGUUACUUCUGGGGCAACCUCCCGGGGAUGGACAGGAUCUUCGGCUUCCCCCUCCACUACACGGACGUCUCCAACAUCGGCCGCGGGGCUCACCAGAAGCUGCUGGAGAAAUCGUGGAGCGUCCCGGUCAUCCGGCACCUCUUCUCCCCGCUCAAGGAUUACUUUGCCUGUGAAUAGCAAGCCGAGCGUCCCUCGUCUCUCUGGUAAAGGUGCACAGCGCCGCUGCUGUGGCGGGAGAGGGACGGGCACGGCUGCCAGACUGCCAGGGCCCCGUCCCUCCCCGGCCACGUGCUGCG